UGCUUUUUAGAGCCGCCCCCCAUUCUCCAGUCCUGGUAACUGGUAGUGACGUAAACGACUGAGGGGAUCGUGUGCUAGGAUUGGUUGAGUCGUCAGACGAUGAAACCCUCGCCAUUUUCACACCGACUACAAACUGGCGUUCGGAGGUCAGCAGCACAGCCCUGGAGGCGAGCACCAGCAGCGGUGUGCUUGAGGCUCAUUUAAUAUAUCUUUUUAUUUUAAUUACGUAGCUGUCUCCGUAUUAAUUGUGUAAUUAACAAAACAGCGCGAUAUUAGUCAAGUUUAAUUGAACCUUUCUGACAGAAGACAGGCAUUGAGCAAGACACAUUCUGGGGUCCUAUUCAGCUGGUUGUCUACGACAAGACGACUAUAAAACAGCAGCACAAGGAGACCGGCACCAUGCUGACAGGGCUGUUCCGUUUGCACGGGCUGUUUGUAGCCUCCCAUCCCUGGGAGGUUAUAGUGGGGACGGUGACGCUGACCAUCUGUAUGAUGUCAAUGAACAUGUUUACUGGGAAUGAUCAGAUCUGCGGCUGGAAUUACGAGUGUCCGAAGUUUGAAGAGGAGAUUUUGAGUAGCGAUAUCAUCAUCUUGACAAUCACUCGCUGCAUAGCAAUUGUAUAUAUUUACUUCCAGUUCCAAAAUCUGCGUCAGCUUGGGUCAAAAUAUAUAUUGGGUAUUGCAGGUCUCUUCACAAUUUUCUCCAGUUUUGUAUUCAGCACUGUCGUUAUCCACUUCCUUGAUAAAGAACUGACCGGCCUCAACGAAGCCUUGCCGUUCUUCCUGCUGCUGAUUGACCUCUCCAAAGCAUGUGCGUUAGCUAAAUUCGCACUGAGUUCUAACUCGCAGGAUGAAGUGAGACACAACAUUGCACGUGGCAUGGCCAUCCUCGGACCCACCUUCACGCUCGAUGCUCUGGUUGAAUGCCUUGUGAUUGGAGUUGGUACCAUGUCCGGUGUUCGUCAGCUGGAAAUCAUGUGCUGCUUUGGCUGCAUGUCGGUCAUGGCAAAUUACUUUGUCUUCAUGACUUUCUUCCCUGCGUGUGUCUCCCUGGUAUUGGAGCUCUCUCGGGAGAGCCGUGAAGGUCGCCCGAUCUGGCAGCUCAGCCAAUUCGCACGCGUCCUGGAAGAGGAGGAAGACAAUAAACCAAACCCAGUGACGCAGAGAGUGAAGAUGAUAAUGUCUUUGGGAUUGGUUCUUGUUCAUGCUCACAGUCGCUGGAUUACCGAACCAUCCUCUCAGAACAGCACAGUGGAGACCUCCAAAGUUGAACUAGGACUUGAUGAAACAAUGCCGAAGAGAAUUGAACCUGAGAUGCCACUGUGGCAGUUUUACUUGUCCAGAAUGAUUAGCAUGGACAUUGAACAAGUGAUCACUCUCGGACUGGCCUUGUUGCUCGCCAUCAAGUACAUCUUCUUUGAGCAGACCGAGAUGGAGUCCACACUCUCCCUGAAAAACCCCAUGUCAUCACCGGCUGCUCAAAAGAGAAUUGCAGACGAUUGCUGCGGGAAAGACAAUGGGUUGAAACACUCCCACAAAUCUGCAGCAGAGGUUACAGUUACAAAAGAGGAUACAGCUGAAGUCAUUAAACCUUUGCCAGUUGUUAGUGUGGCGGAGACCAAGUUUGUAGCCGGUGACGACGUUUUUUCCAACGCAUCGUCUCUACCCUCCUCUCCAGCGCCACAGGUUCAAUUACCAUUGGAUCCCCGUCCCACUGAGGAGUGCCUGUCUAUACUUAGAAACACAGAGAAAGGUGCUCAAUGGUUGAGUGAUGCUGAGGUUAUCUCCCUGGUCAAUGCAAAGCACAUUCCAGCGUACAAACUGGAGAACAUCAUGGAGUCUCCUGAACGCGGUGUGGCGAUUCGCAGGCUGAUGCUGGCAUCCAAACUCCCAAACCCAUCCUCAUUGAAGACCUUGCCUUACAAGGAAUACGAUUAUUCCAUGGUCAUGGGAACGUGCUGUGAGAAUGUGAUCGGAUACGUGCCUGUGCCAGUUGGAGUCGCAGGCCCGCUGAUUUUGGAUGGGAAACAGUUUCAGGUUCCCAUGGCAACAACAGAGGGCUGUCUUGUGGCGAGCACAAACCGAGGGUGUAGAGCAAUAGCACUUGGAGGAGGAGCAAGCAGCCGGAUCCUGGCUGAUGCAAUGACUCGAGGCCCCGUGGUGAGACUGCCCACAGCGUGCCAGGCAGCAGAAGUCAAAGCAUGGCUGGAGAGUCCUGAAGGGUUCAAGUGCAUUAAAGAGGCCUUUGACAACACCAGCAGGUUUGCACGCCUUCAGAAGCUUCUUAUUGGUCUUGCUGGACGAAAUCUGUACAUCCGGUUUCAGUCCAGAACUGGAGAUGCUAUGGGUAUGAACAUGAUUUCUAAGGGCACGGAGCAGGCUCUCUCCACACUGCAGGAGAAGUUCCCUGAGCUGCACGUCCUGGCAGUCAGUGGGAACUACUGCACUGACAAGAAACCUGCAGCCAUCAACUGGAUUGAGGGGAGAGGGAAAUCCGCUGUGAGUGAAGCCAUCAUUCCAGCUCAAAUAGUGCGAGAGGUUUUGAAGACCUCCACAGAAGCCUUGGUUGAUGUUAAUAUUAACAAGAACUUGGUUGGCUCUGCUAUGGCUGGCAGUAUAGGUGGCUUCAAUGCACAUGCAGCUAAUAUUGUAGCUGCCAUCUACAUUGCCUGUGGACAGGAUCCUGCCCAGAGUGUUGGCAGCUCAAACUGCAUCACCCUCAUGGAGGCAACGGGUCCCACAAAUGAGGAUCUACACAUCAGCUGUACAAUGCCAUCUAUAGAGGUGGGGACUGUUGGGGGAGGAACCAACUUAGCACCACAACAGGCCUGUUUGAAGAUGUUGGGGAUUCAAGGAGCCAGCAAAGAGAAUCCAGGUGAAAAUGCCAGGCAGCUGGCGAGAGUUGUGUGUGGGACUGUGCUGGCUGGAGAGCUGUCUCUAAUGGCAGCAUUGGCAGCAGGACACCUUGUCAAAAGUCAUAUGACUCACAACAGGUCAAAGAUGAACCUGCAAGAACUCCCAGGUACCUGCACCAAGAAAGCAGCCUGAAAUACCAAAAGAGACCCUAUUCAGAAUCUUACAAAGAUUUGACCAUGAAAUUGAACCAGGGGUGCUGAAAAAAACACUUAUAAAAUGAGAACUGUAUGAACAAAAUGGCCAUUGUUCAACUUGAUUUCACAUCUGCUUAUUAUGAGAAGGUCACAUUCCUACAUGUGGUUAAGGAUAAAAGCUGCAGUGGCAAUACUAUUAAAAAAUAUAUUUGAAGGUUAUUUCCUGUAGUCUAAUCAGUGGCAAGGUUCUGAUUUACAAUUUUGUUUUGCUUACCUGAGCAACAUAGGAGCUUGUUUCUAACAUUCAGCUUCUGCAGACUACAAAGGAAGCAUGUCUGUGAUGCACACAGACUGAAGAGAAAGCUGCAAAGUGCAGGCAGCUUGGGAGCCUGCAUCACUUUUAGGGAAUGUACAGACUAGACCGUCUGGAUUGUGAUUGAUGUAGUGUACACAAGAAGCAUACACUCUGAAAGAAUGAAGAGUCACAAAGGAAUAAUACUUCAGUAUGAAACGGACCAUGGUCACUGCAGCUUUAAAACACAAUCUAAAGCCACAGAUGUAUGUAAUUGGAUGUGAUGGUCUGUGUGGUAUUUUUGUUGUUUUUUUGUAUUUUUGCUCAAGUGGAGUCAGUUCAUUUAACACUUUUGCUAUAUGUUGUGAAUAUUAUACAUCUAAAUGCCAACAUUAAUGUAAAAGUUACCAAACGAUGUGCUUACGAUCACCUGAAAUGUGUUCAGGCAGCCAAGUGUGCUGGACAAACCUGUUUUAGGAACCUGUUGCUGCUAUAUUUCUAUGCUUUUACGCUGGCUGUAAUGUAAUAUAAGAUAUGCAGUUAUCUUUAUAUAAAAAAACAAGCCCUAUUGUCUUGUGUUCCAGUUUAUUUACAAUUGAAAAGGUCUAGUUUGAUCGUUUGCAUGGGGAAUGUGCAGUAGUAAAAUUAAUUUUAAAGCUCACCUAGUAUAAUACAGAAUUUGUUAUAUUUCUUAAGAGUUUUGCCAGAUGUUUUGAUUUGAAAACGCAUUGACAGAAAUCAAUAACAUUUGGUUGGAAAUGAGUUUAAAAAAAAAAAAAAAGAAAAUGGUAUCCUGUAAAUUGGUUAGUAGGAUUUGUAUUUGUACAUAAUGUUUAUUUGUUGGAUUUUAUUUUCUACCUGUUAUUUGAAAGAUGUAGCUGGUUGAGGAUGUAAAGCAGGAAUAUUCGCAGCUCUGUGUGUGUGUGUGUGUGUGUGAUUUAUUUGUUUUUCUUUUGCUCCUGACACUUUUUUGCAAUUGUCUCAAAAGACUGCUGUAUAAGACAGAUUGGAAGUCACUGAUACCAAUUGACAAAAUUCAUUUCAUGCUGUGAAGGACAUCAGAGUUGCCAUGAAAGUGUCCAAUUCCAUAGCUGUCGAAUAAAAUACCACAUAUGAUUGCAAUGAAA